AUGGUUGGCGUACCCAAGAGUACGGGGUGCUUUAUAUGUCGGAAGAGAAAAAUUAAGUGCGACGAGACCUGGCCGACGUGCCUCAACUGCCGGAAGAACGGGAAGUGCUGUCCUGGCCCACCUGCGCGACACACCUUCAAAGACCUGGGACCAAGAUUGAAUAACAACACUGCCUCAGUCGUUGCGGAAGACGUUCCUGGAAUUGUCGAUCAACGGUGUAAACGCUUGACGCAACUUAACGAGAAGUGGUCGGAGAAUGGCGCAGUGAUCCACAAGUUCAGAAUAUCCAACAAGGCACCAGAUGCCCCGAGGAAGCCAUCGCGGAGCCCGCGACUGAGCUCAUCCAGCACCAGUCCGCCACGUUCGCCUUUUUGGAGACAACCAUCGCCUUCGCAGCAUCAGGAACUUGCACGUGCCUUAGUGGAAGCCUUAGGAACUGGCAGUGUCGGGCAUCGCAUGUCAGCGUUCGGACCAUUCAUUCGCGAGGUGCCUGGAAGGAUAGGUCACAACCCGGCCUUGGAUGCCGCAGUGGCCUGCCUCGUCAACGCGCACUCGUCCAUGGUCCAUAAGAAAAACGCAAACGAAAUUGCGAACCCACAACUGUACCUACGGGCAGUCCAGACGCUUCAGAUGUGCUUAGAAGAUCCCCAGCAAGGCAUGUCUUCCAACACUCUCUGCGCCUCUGUUCUUUUAGGCUUAGUCGAGGCGUUAGCGGGACCGAGGGUAGGGAAUCGAUACCUAGCUCACGUUGGAGGUGCGGGACGUCUUAUGUACCUCCAGGGGCCUGGGAAGUGCCAGGAUCCUUUCGCAAAGGAAAUACUAAGGUUCAACAGAGGUGGAAUAAUUAUCACAUCCAUCUACGAGCGGAAACCCUGCUUCCUUACGACGCCUGAGUGGCAGAACAUUGCAUUCGACAAGACCGGACUGAGCUUCGACGACUGUCUUUAUACCGAAAUCCUUCACCGCAUGGCCGAAUUCCCAGACCUGUUGAGAGAACUGAAAGAACUCGAGCAACUCGCCAUACCGCCUGUGGACGAUGUUCUAGGCUACAACUUUGAUUUUUCCGAAGAUAUAAUCGACCCGUUUUCUUCUGAUACCCAUUCCCCCUGGUCAACUGACACCAACUUCGAGCCCAACCUCGAAUUUCUAAACGACCCUUUCCCAAUCGACCCCGCUACUCUCUACCCCGGCGCGCGGACCAGCCUCCUCAACAAAGUCCAUCACUUAAAGGACGCCCUCUGUGCGCUUGGCACGCACCUCACUGCGAAACUAUCGGACGGCUCUGCAGCCAUCGAGCUCCCCGCCAUUGAAGACGGCAGCCCCAUAUUGACAGCCUUUCACUUCACCAACUGGCGCGUCACAGUUGCAUAUAACUGCUACUGGGCUCUUCUCAUCCUCACUAACAAAAUCAUCAUGAAGCUCCUCCCGCCUUACGACCCGACCUAUUACGCGCUAGAAGCCGAAUGCCGCACCGUCGCGGUCGAGAUAUGCAAGACAUGGGAAGACGCUUGGGCGAGCAAGCCCAUUGGCGCGUUCCACACUGGCUUGAGCUUCGUCAUGGCGUACGAGUUCUGCACGCCAGACGUCCAGGAAUGGAUACUGAAGGGCUUGAAUGCACUGCUCGACCAUCAGCUUGUGGAGAGCUUCCGCUGGUCGGAAGAAAUGAUCCAGAUGAUGAGCGGGAAGUUAGCAGGCGAGGGACCGGACCUGGUCUUUUCGAGCGUCAAAUAG